AUGACGGAAACGAGGAUCGACCUAGCCGGUGGCUUCAGAGCUUUAUCGAACGACUUUCUCAAGUCGCAGUCUAGUUCCCUGCGCGAAGCCAUGCGGAAGAGGGGGAUUCAUCCCCAUGACAUCGCGGACGCUCUCAUGGUAGAGGGACAAGAUGAUCACGGGAACUUUUGGAACAUCACAAAAUGGGACAGGGUUAUCGCACAAAACGUAGGCCCUGAGUUUGACCAAGUCAACAUAGGAGGCCCACUGCCGACCACGAUAAUGUUCACCGGCACCAUCGUCAGAGUAGAGCAAUGUUGGGCCGACGAAGGCGAAGACGGCCUGAUGACUUUCACGAUACUGCCAUGUGGCUUUCCCCGGAGCGAAACCAUCAAAUGCCACUUCAUCUCUUCAGCUACUGCGCCCUUGUACGAGGAAUUGCCAGAUAUGCUCUAUAAGACGUAUAAAGUCAUCGGCAAGUUCUGCAGUCUCGGUCUCUACAGCAGCAUCCACGACAUCAAGAGCAUCGAACUGGCGAGGAAUCCAGAACCUGCUAGUCUGAAGACUGGCAUCUGCUGGAAGAUUGAGGGCCGCGUCACCUAUGCUUGCAUCAAGCCUUUGUUCGAGUCCGUCUUAGUCACGUACCUUGAGGUUGAUCGUGAUGCACGAUUUCCUGUGUACGCCAAAUUGUUAGAAGGCGCGCCAAUACCAACAGUCGGGAAACUUUAUCGUGCCAAUGGUAUCACAAUCCCGGAAGACGUCAGUGAACAUGGUCUAGGAGAGACCACUUAUUACGCUAAAUGGCUUGAAGAGCUUCCGGAGCCUAAUCCUAGCAAGGCAAUCUAG